GAUAUCUUUUCGACUUGAAGUUUUUCCGCCGGUGAUGAGAGGUCCUACAACACCAUAUCGUUGCGUUAUUCGUGCAUCCUCACCACAAUGGCCGCGCCGCAUAUCAAGCAGCAGCAGAUCAUGUUCGGCUCUUACAACCCAUGUUUCCAAGCGCUGUAUGGCUCGCUAUGAUUCUAGAUUCGUCCAAUCGAGAUGUACCAGUGCUGCGUCAUCCACUACAACUGCGACUAUUAAUGCUACGACGGCUGCGGAAUCUACGACGGCUGCGACAUCCGCGACUCCUGGACAGAUCAAUACCUCCCAACAAAAGCGAACCACACAAGCGAACGAGAAUUAUCAAACGCAGGAUCAAAAGCUGCCGUUACCGCCGAUUCUAGAUCCAGUUGCGCAAGAGGCAACUCGCAAGUAUCGCGCGCCGAAACCGCGACCGGAGAAUAAUAAGCACGAUAGGACGCCUUUUCAACAAAAACUUGCUCAGAAUCCAUACGCAAUAGCAUUAUCCACCCCCAUACGCAUGUGCAGCGUCACAGCCACACGGUUACCGCGGUUCUUUUUGAUCAAUUACGGACUCAUUGCGCAUCCGACAACUGGCACCCCGUGGUACCUUCCCGAGAAUAUCGAAACGGUGGGAUCUCGGGGCAGCAGCCAGCAGCAAGCGGGAGCGGUGAAACCAGCAAACGGGGAAACAGAGAGCGAGGGUGUAAAAGAUGGCAAAGAUGAGAAUGUGCAAGAAAAGCGUGGAUUAGGGACAUAUGUGCUCGCACGACAAGACCUAUUGCGCGUACUCACGCACGCCAAGGGCCGCAGAUGGCAACAAAUCAUCCCCCAUCGACAACGAGAAAUGCUGAGAUCGUCAAUGAAGGAUAUCGUGUGGAGGAACGACAUGGAUGAAUUUGUCACGGUGCUUUUACGCCAAGUUGUUAUGCGCAGAUUGGAGAAUCUGGCGCAGUCGCAGGAAGCAGGAAACAACGUGACUCCUUUGUCACCCCUUUUGUCCCUGGAUUGCGAUGAAUCUUCUAUCAACAUAGGACUGUCAGACGGCGCCUGUCUAUUGUGGCUUGGUCCUCUUUCGUCGAAUCAGGAGACGACAGUCGCAAAUGACGGCGCACCGCAAGACAUGCAAGAAUCCGUCGAAGAAAAAGGAGAGCCUCAAAGAGCCACAAUCACAAUCGAUCCUCCAGUGUCCUUUUUCUCCAUAUUAUCCAUCGGAACCAAUAAAAAGCUCCCCGUAUAUAAUCUCGUUGCGCUGCUCGGAGAAGACAAUGUCCAGCAUUUGCGACAGGUUCGGCCGCCCGUGUACUCAUCAGAGUAUGCCCUGAUUAAAGACGGGAGCAGAAACGGUGCUGUUAACUCGCAGGCUUUGUUGUGGAGAUUAUAUGGCUACAUGGCGCAGAGGGAAGAUACGGAGGAAUGAGAUUGAGCCGGUUUCUCUCUCCCUCUCCCUCGAUCUCCUCCAUGUCUCUUAUUUUCUUCACUAAUUUGUCUUGUUCCCUUUCUUUCUUUCUUUCCUUCUCUAAAAUCCUUGGCUAUAUCUCAGUCUCCCUCUCGGACAGCACGCUAUACGCCAAGACCGGCUUGGCCAUUCCUCUCCCUAAACAAUCCCUUCUGAAAAUCCACUUUCGACGGUAUCACGCGGGACUUGAGAGUUACAUCCACGACA